UCACUUAUAACUCAGAUUGCAAAGGCAACUGUACACCGAGCAGAUUUCCAAGCCCAAGAACAGAAUGAAGACCAUCGCAACUUUCAUCCUCAUCUGUCUGCUUGUUGCAGAUAUCAAAGGACAGGCGAGACAUACCCGUGGACGGUGUUUGUGUGGGGAUUCUGGCCUCAAAGUAAUUCGGGUAAAUCGGGUUGAGAAAGUUGAAAUAUUAUCUCCCAGCCCAUCUUGUGAUAAACAGGAGAUCAUUGUCACACUAAAGGAUACCAUGGAGCAGAAAUGCUUAAAUCCAGAGUCUGGCUUUGUCCAGAAUCUCAUCAAGAAGAUGCAAAAAAGGAGUCAGCAAUAGAGGAAUUGUGAGAGAGUUGCCUCAUCUCAUACUGCCCUGGAGAAAUGCGCUGAGGUCAUGAGAGUGGAAGCAACUGUUUAUCCAGUCAUGUGUUCAUAAGCAAUGUGCCAAAAUUUUUAUAUACAAAAUCAGCACUUCAGUCAGUUUUUCAAUGUAAAUAGUUUGGUUACUUCUUUAAAUUAUGUAACAGACCACCAAACACUGUGAUGUAUAAUGUUUGUUUUGUCUCUAUGUCUUUUAUGCAUGUGUCUUGAUAUUUUGACUUUUUAAAUUGUUGAGAAAGGAACACAAUAAAUAAUCUUUUGAAAUAAACAUUAUCAUAAUAGUUG